GUUUGGGUGCCACCUAAAAGCGCUGCGGCCUACUACUGCUACGGCGUAGAGAAGAGCCUGGCGCCGCUGCCGGAGGGGUCCUGGCCGGGUGCGGGUUGGCCACUAUGAGCCGGCUGGGCUCUUUUCUGGUUGCGCCGCGCCUGCUCCGUCGGCCGUGGGCCCUGUCGAGGCGGCCUAGCAGCGUUUCCAUAGUGACGGGACCCUGCGCGGGCCUAGCAGGGUCAGGCGCCGCCGCCUCCCUGUGCUCGGGCCCAGCGGCUCCGAGCCUGGCCAUGGAGGAGCUGCUGAGCCGCUCCGUGCCCCCGCUGCCGCCCUACGAGACGAGGGAGAAGGCGCCGCCGCCGGCCGAGCUCCGCAGCGCGGAGUUCAUGCGCUCCUACAGGGCCCUGGAGGCCGGGCCCCCGCGGGCGGAGCUGCUGACCCGCCUGGCCCAGGACUUCGGCGUGGACCACGGACAGGUGGCCGAGUUCAGCGCCAAGGUGCUGCAGGCUCGGGAGCAGCAAAGGGAGCCGGGCGCCCUGCUCCAGGCCGAGGACCGGCUCCGUUACUACCUCAGCCCCCGCUACCGGGGCCUCUUCCAGCACUUGGGCCGGCUGGAGGGCGGGCUCCGCUUCCUGUUGGAGCUCAGGGGUGACCUGGUGGAGGCGCUGGCGGCGCGGCAUGCGGAGGGGCCGCACGUCAGGGAAAUGAAUGGCGUGCUAAGGAACAUGCUUUCGGAAUGGUUUUCUACUGGAUUCCUAAGCCUGGAGCGAGUCACCUGGCAGUCAUCUUGUGAAGUGCUUCAAAAGAUUAGUGACUCUGAAGCAGUGCAUCCUGUCAGAAACUGGAUUGAUAUCAAGCGUCGAGUUGGGUCAUAUAGAAGGUGCUACUUUUUUGCCCACUGUGCAAUCCCCGAGGAACCAUUGAUAGUCUUGCAUGUAGCACUAACCAAUGAAAUCUCCAGCAGCAUCCAGGCCAUAGUGAAAGAGGUUCCCCCUCUAGAAACAGAAGAUAUGAACAAAAUUACUACAGCCAUUUUCUAUUCAAUCAGUUUGACUCAGCAGGGACUUCAGGGUGUAGAACUGGGGACUCACCUCAUCAAACGAGUUGUUAAAGAACUACAGACACCAUACCACGGCAAGCGUGCAGCCCACUCAGGUCAGCCACCGCUGUUGUGUCCUGGGUGCAGCUGGCAGCAGAUGGUGCAGUAGGGCUGCAAACCAUUGUCAUCGAACGACCGCUUCCACUGGCACUCUGCUCUCCUAGCUUUCCUGCAGACGCCAUACUACAACAAGCAUGGAGCCGGCUGAGAUCACCGCAGCAGUUAUGAGCACUGUAAACACCACACACAUUAUCCUGAAGUAUAUGCAGCACCAGAAACUUCAAAAGCAGGUGAAGAGGUGACUGCAGCGCGAUGAAGAGAGUGAUGAGGAC